AUGGCCUUGUCCACCGGCAAAGUCCAUCACGAGGAACUUUGGCAGGAGCUGGUCACCAACCUCGAACUAGAAAUGCACAGAAUGUCGGGAUCUGCAGCCUCGAAAGCCGUGUACGCCGCCUCCAAGUUUGGACACCGCGGCAUCAGGCUUUACGAGAAUGCGGGCCGACUACUUGGAGAAGAAGCUUCGAAGCUGUCAGCACAGGACUGUGCGCACGCUGCAGGUGCUUUCUUGCGAGGUCCUGGCUCCUUGGCGGAGCAGGUGGUUCUCAAAGGACCCGUUGGUGCUCGCAUCUUGGAGCUGGGAUUUGCCAGCUUCGAUUCGCAGGCCUUGGCACUGAUGCUGGACGCGCUGAGUCGAGCUGCUCCAAGCACCUGGGGAGUGGAAAGCAUGGCCAGUUCGGUGCUGGAGGAGCUCCACGGACGAGCACGCGAACUGUCUGCUGAUGAGUUGGCCAUUGUGGUGAGGAGCCUGGGCUACUUGCAGCCGCAAGUUCCAGAGGUCCUUCAGACUCUCUUGGACUAUGCCACUCGAGCUGUGAAGGAGCAAGGAAGCUCAGCACAUUCCCUUGCCAUGCUUUGCCAGGGCAUCGCCAUGCAGCCGUCGCUUUCGGACGCCUCCAAGCGCUUGGAGGAGUUGCUCCCGGAGGUGCAGGCGUCGCUACAGGAACCGGAAGUACCCAGCGCAGAGUCGGCUGUGCAGAUACUUUGGAGCCUCUCGCGCUGCAAGUCCUCUCGCGAUGGGGUGCUGGCUGCGUGCGACAAGGUGUUGUCCACAAGGGCAACGGAGCUGUCAGCGAACCUGCUGGUUCGCCUGGCGGAAGGCAUGGCGGCAGUGAGCAGGACCGGCUGGGAACCCUCGCAGGCGCUGGUCCAGAAGGUCAGCUACCUCCUGGACAUGAAGCGAUACGACCUGCCGCGAGGCAAACUCUGGCGAGCUGCCAAAGCUUUCGAGGCCUUGGGGGUGUCCAAAAGCAUCUUCUUGGAAGAGCGGGACCAGCCGACGGCAGCAAAGUCUCCGAGGCGGCAAGGUUCCCUGAAGCCAGGGCCGGAGCCAGCUUAG